GUGAGCAUAUCAAGCUGGGGGGAGUGAUACGAGUUUCUGUAAUGAGCUCUUCUCGUGGUCAGGUGACCCUACUUAGACAAAAGAAGUUAAAGCAUAAGAUGCCACCUAUGUGCGUUGUUCAUCCAACAUAUGAUAUUCAAGGUCAAGAGUAUGAUGUCCUCUAUAUCAGUACAUGUGAGCCUACAAUCACAAUGGAGAAACACGUAACCCAACAAAGAGUACUUGGCGAUCUGUAUGUUUUCAACACUGCCAUAACAAGAGCCCGGUCACUGAUCAUAAGCUUUGGAAACCCAUAUCUGCUCAUGUCGAUUGAGAAGCACAUGCAUCUAAAGUACAAGAGUGGGCACUGUUGGAGUCAGUACCUCAAGAUGUGUCUCUUUCAUAACACUCUUAUUAUACCUGAGUGUGUUGCUAACCCCUCUCACGAGAAAAGGCUGAAAGAAAGGUUGAUGACUGCCGUAGAUUCUCUUCUGAAACCAGAAACACCAUCGAUCUGUGGUACACCACAGAAAGGAAUUGCAGCAGCUCCUAAAGCUACCAGAAAAGAAAGCACAGUAGAUGGUGUCUCAAAGAAAUCAGCCAAUAUAACCAGGGACAUUGUCUGUGCCCCAGCAGCCAAGCAAGUACACCAGGAAGUUAAAUCCACAACAGAAGAAAAGUCGUACCUGAACCCCUAGGAAGUUGGACAGAGGUCAAGUUCCAACACAACCUAGACGACACCAACAAACCACUCUGCAAGAAAGUCAGUCGAGUUGGCCAGUCACCACACCUUCCUUCUCCCAAGCCACACUGGUUCGUCAAGAUGUGACAAUAAGUCUGUCAGGCUGAUUUUCCCUGAUUCCAACAUCUAUACGUGAGGUUCCAAAAUCUUUCAUACACGAGGGAAUGGCACAAACACGACUGAUUUUCCUACUCUUGAGGAAACAAAAAAUGUGCGAGUGUCAAAAGACAGAGAAGAUCAACUAACGUCUUCCCAGCAAGAUGUUGAAGGAGUUGACAGUGGAAAACACAAAUAUUUCUUUCAAUAUGGGGACAAAUUGGAUGAGCGGAUAUUUCACGGGCCCUACACUGGAGAAACUACAAGAAAGAUUCCAUCACUUGCUCUGUUGGGAGGAAAAGGAGCACAUGUCAAUUCUUUCUGAGAGGUGUAAUGGAAGGUAUCUUAUUCGGAUUUUUAAUCAAAAGCCUGGAAGCCAAAGGUACUACAACACCACAUUUCUUGAGUCUGCAAAAUAUAGUUUCUAUGGAGAAAUCACUAGUGUUGACGGCAAUGAUGAUGCACUGGCAUAUGCAAAGCAAGCUGGGGAAGCAGCUACAAUUACGAUUAAUGGAACGAAAUUUAAAGCAGACUUUGUGGCAUCUAGAAUGUUAACUGUAGGAUUUCCACACAAAGCGCAUGCCCCCCUGAAAUUGAUCACCACUAGGAAUAGAAUUGAGUGUGAUGUGGUAUUCGAACUCAAACAUUCUUACUUUAAUCGCCAACAUGAAGCCCUUGAAGCACUUCCAAAUGAUGUGAUUCAGAAACUCUUACCCAGUGGGAGAGCAGGAAGCAGUUCUCCUCAGAGAAUGAAUAUAGGUAAGUGUAUCUUAGAGCUUGACAGCUCUGGGCAGAUGCAAGCAUUAGCUGGAAUCCUUCAGCAGCGCUCUACUCCACUUAUUAUAGCUGGACCUUUUGGAACCGGGAAAACACGUGUUUUAGCUCGAGCUGCAUACGAAUUGAUAAAACAAGAUCAGAGAAACAUUAUACUGAUAUGUACUCAUCAUCAGCACUCUGCAGACACAUUCAUAGAGUACUUCCAAUUACUUCAGGAAGAGUACCGGCAAUUUCACAACAUAAACAUUGUGCGUAUUGAAACAUCCCAGUAUCACUCCAGGAUUAAAAUGAAGUAUGGACAUUACUACUGUAGUGUCAAAGCAGUUUCAUUACGUGCUCCCAAAAUAAUUGUUUCUACUCUUGGUCUGUCACAUCAUUUGAGGAUCAAAAAUAAUAUCACACACAUACUAAUUGAUGAAGCAGCCCAAACAAGAGAAACUGAGGCUAUUAUUCCACUUCGGCACGCUAGAGCUCAAACCAAGAUUGUCCUGGCUGGAGAUCAUUGUCAGGUUGGUCCAAAUGUGUUAGUGCUUGGUGAAGAGGCAAGGAGAAAUGGGCUCUCUACUUCAUUACUAGAACGUCUUCACAACCACUUCAGUGCAGAUGAACAAAAGUCAUGUGUGUUUUCCCUCCUCCAGAACUACAGAUCUCACAGUGGUCUCCUAAUGCUUCCAUCUGCUCUCUUCUACAAGUCCACGCUGCAGUGCAACGUUGCAGAUGCCAAAGCACAUCCAUUAGCUCCGUUCCCACUUGUGUUUGUCUGCUCCAGUAUUGAGGACACAGACACAGCUAAUGCGAUUGGUACAGAUGAGAAAGAAGCAGACACAUUGGUGAAGUCAGUUACGAAGUAUGUUUACAAUUCUUGGCCAGAGGAGUGGGGUGAAAGGUACGAUUCCACAGGAACAGUGUGCAUCAUGACACCAUCUGCAACUCAGAGAAACCUAAUUGCAAGGAAGCUACGUGCAGAAGUUGGAGAAAGAGAUAAGGUUGUAGAUGUGAUGAAAACAUAUGAAAUUCAAGGUUGUGAAUUUACAGCAGUUUUCCUGGGCACAUGUGAAACAACAGACGAAAGAGGAAUUCCAAACAACACGACUAAAACUAUUAUAAAUCGCUAUGUGUUCAAUACAGCUCUAACCAGGGCCAAGUAUUUAGUUGUUGCUGUGGGAAAUCCUCUACAAAUUCUUCGUAAAGAGAAAAGAAUGCAUGAAAUUGAUCCAAGCAAUCAUAGUUUCAUGUGCUGGAAAGAAUUCAUAAAACGUUGCGUUGAAUGCAAGUCUUUCUACCUACCAAAUGAUGUUCAAGCAGAUGAAAGGACACAUUUUUCAGAGGUCCUACAUCAGCAAGUGUUUUCAGGGAACGAAACACUUUGUUUGGAUAAUAUUUUACACGGAGAUAAUGACAGCAUUUUAAAUGCAUAUAAAAAGAAGUUUCAAAUGAUUCCAGAGUGUCGGAGAUCAAAGCUAAAACUUUCUACAGUCAAAAGUAGGUUAGCCUGGCGAAUUAAUGAGUCUACAGUGCCUCUGCAAGGCAACAAAGAUGAUGACGAUGAAGAUAAGGGUGCAACUAAUGUGUACAAUUGUAGGCUCAACAUGAUGUAUUUUUCAAAGGCUGAGGCUAUUCCCUUGGACCCAACUAAGAACGUCGUACACAUUCGAGGAAAAGGCAAUAUAAGGGGUGCAUUCCAUAAUGAUAUUGUAGAGGUUUCUACCUUCAAUGACCUUCAGUACCCAGAUAACAAAGGCAGGGUCUUAAGGGUAGUAAAAAGAUGCCACAAACAAACAAUAUUGUGCAGAGCACACCUCUACAAUCCAACCCUCUUUUACCCCCUGGAUAAAAAGUACCCACUCUUUUUUAAUCUUCCAAAAUUGUCCAGAGACCUUCUUGAAAAGAAGGAUAAGAAUAUGAUUGAUUUGGAGCUUCAAUCAAAAGAUGUAGUAGUCUUUAAGCCUUCCUCUCUCACUGAAGGUAACAUACCAGAGAUAGAAAAUGUUAUUCCCUUUUCACUUGCACAAGACAUGGUUUUUGUUAUCAGAAUACUUCAAUGGAACCCAAAAUAUCGGCUCCCUCUUGGAGCUGUUAUUCAUGCAGUGCCAAAAGGCUGCUCGGCAUUUCAUGCUGAAAGACUACUAAUGAUUGAACACAAUGUGCAAUAUGAGGAUGAAACAGAAAGCUCAGAAACCGAAUCACAAUUUGAAUCAAAAGGACUGGUUGGCCCUGUAUGUAGCAGCAUAGACACCAGGGCAUUUACCAUUGACCCUGAAGAUGCUAUAAAUCUUGAUGAUGCAAUUUCUCUUUGGAAGAAACCUGAUUCAUACUGUUUAGCUGUUCACAUAGUGAAUACAACCAAAGCAAUUACAUUAAAUGAUGAAAUAGACAGAAGAGCAGCAUCAAAAGGGCAAUCUAUUUACGGUGGGAAAAAAGUAAUGAAUAUUAUCCCUUUGAAAAAACGGGCGAAACUAUCACUCAAUCCGAAUCAAAUCUGCGAAGUAAUUACUGUAUCAGCAAAUGUGAUCAUUACAGAAUGUGCAGUGGAGAUCAAAGAUCCACAGCUCAAAGAAUCAAAAGUCAGGUCUUGUGUCAAGUUAUCUUACCCAACAGCUCAGGCAAUAAUGGGCGGGAGAGAAUACCCAAGUGAUCUUUCCCAGUCUGUAGAAGAAUAUGACAGUAUUAAUGAUCAGCCAAAUCUCAAGAAAACUUUACAAAUUCUGUUCCAAAUUGCAAUGAAACUGAGAAGAGACAGGCUAGGUGAUUCAGCUGCACAGAGUUAUGAAAUGGAUGAUGGGAAAGAACGGCAAUGCUGGCAGACGCACCUCUUGGUAGAGGAAAUGAUGAUAUGGGCAAACAGACAUGUAGCUGAAAAAAUACUCUCUGGUCUACCUCAUUGUGCACUACUUAGAAGGCAAGCUCCACCUAAUGCUGAAAAGUUUGAAGCAGCUCGCAGUGCCCACUGCAAUGUUGCUCAAUAUUCGCAAUCUAUCUCAAAAUAUUUCCAGCAUUUACCACCACAACCAAGGAGUCUCGUGAUACCUCUGAGUACAUUGCAUGCUCUCCAACACGCUCUCAAAGAAGGAAAUGAAAUUGUCCUGCUCAAUAUUCUUACUGAUGACUCCUGCUUUCCACAGCUUAAUGCUUCAUCUACGCGCUUUAGGCAAAUACAACAAAAGGCUGAGUAUAUAGCAACCUCCAGUGACACAGAAAGAGAAUCUUAUCUACAUAAUGGCCUUUGCCUGCCCGUUUAUACUCAUUUUACAUCACCAUUAAGAAGAUAUGCAGAUAUUAUUGUUCAAAGAAUGCUAAGAUCAUUUUUAAUUAGUCAAUCAUGUGGAUACAGCCACAAAGAAGUGGAGUUUCUGUGCCAUAUUCUGAAUGGUGCAGCUCAAAAUGCCAAGAGUUUUGAGAAAAAGAUGAAGGCUCUUAAGCUAGCAGAUGAGUAUACUCAGUCUAGUCAGCAAUAUGAAGCUGUAGUCGCAAGUAAUAAUAAAGUAGAGAUUGAAAUGUCAUUCUUAAACAAGGAAUUGAAAGUAAUACCUGUGAAGAAUAAGCGCUUUAAAGUCCGCAACUUGCAAUGUAGAACAAUAGAAUCAGAGUCUCAACUGUACUCAUGGAACGUUACUUUGAUCUCUUUUGAUGAAAACUCUUCGUUCCCAUAUGAUUAUGAAGGCAUAUCAUUCAAUGUUGGGGAGGCAGUCCCUCACGAUUGGACAGCUGCCUACAGUGUACCAUUUUCAACUAUGACAUUCUUCAAACAAUCAGAGAAACCUGAUAUGUUGCAGGAAAUGACACACAAUGUGAAGAUUUCGCCUACAGCAACAGAAUUGUCUCCUGCUAAAUGGAAGCAAGUAAAGGAGUUUAUACAGCACCCUUGUAAAGAGAACUUGGCACAAAUGCAAGUUAUCCUGGGUGCAUUAGAGGUUAAAAGUUCCAAACAAGCAAGUCCUUUUUCAAACCAGGAAGAUUCACCAGUUGUAAAAAGUACAAUAACCUGUCGAAUGGAUCUAUAUGACUUGAUAAAGGUGUGGAUGACUUGGUCUACACGUGAAGGUACUCUUUCUCCUGCAUUGCAAAUGAUAGAAAUAACACCAUUUUAUCGUAUUUGCUUGCAACAUAACGCCCAUCCAGCUGAAUGUUUUUCAGACUCACACCUCACUAAUGCUUCAAAAGAGUCCUAUGUUGAUUUACAUGAGUAUGUGAGCCUGUGGGAAAAGGUGCUGUUAGCAGAAGCUGCUCAACGAAGUGUCAGAGAUAAUCAGACAGCAAUUAUCUAUGGUGCUAAGUUAGACUGGACGGAGGGUAAACUGACUAUUCCCAAAGAAAUUGGUGCCAGUCACUAUGAACCAAAGGGGCCAGUCUACCUUAUUCUACCAUCUGCCAUUAUAGACCGGGCAAAGCCAUUCUUUAAGAUUGGGGUAGGGGAUAUGGUAUGUGUCCGUUAUGGCACUAGAAGAAAUUCGAACAUUCAUGCAGUUUUUCACUUUGUGAUAACUGACAUUGAAAAAGAAGAUGAAGGAAGAGAGAGAGCUCGUUUACAAAGUUGCGGCAGCGAAAAUGUUCUAGUAUCAGAGAAAAUUAAGCCGUAUGUCGAGAAAGAAGAAUGUGAAGUACAAAUCAUUUACAUGAGUAAAUCCUACAGACGAGUAUACAAAGUGCUUUUAAGUCUGAUAAACCCUAAAGCACAAGUAAGUGAGCUGCUGAAGGUAGUUGCAAAAGGAAAGGAGGAUAGCAGACUCAAAAAAGUACCAAAGACACAAGUUGUGAAUUGUGAGCAUAUAGACCAUAAUCCCAAGAUAAGACGUUUAUGGUCAAGUCAGAAGCUUCUAAAUCAUAAUCAAUGGAAUGCACUGAAGCGGUCGCUUACUCAAAGAUUUCUACUGAUUCAAGGUCCACCAGGCACAGGAAAAAGUGAGACAGGUGCACAUAUCGCCUAUGCUCUGGCCAUGAGCAACAGGGAUCGGGGUUUUAAUGAGUGUGUAAUUUACAGUGCUCCUACCAACAAAGCCGUCGAUGUUGUUUUGAGAACACUGGAUUGCCUUUCGAAGGAAAUAAAUAUACUGAGAGUUUAUGGAAAAGCUGUGGAGCGUAUAGAUUUUCCAGGACCUUACUGCAAUAAUGAAGCUUUUGAUGCCUCAGAAUCAGGUUACCACUGCCCUGAAUGGGCCCAACAAUAUGCUCUUCAUUGGAAAAUCCGUCAUCUUCAGCAUGAAGAAUCAAUUGAACUGCAACAAAUGGAGAAAAUGUUUUCGGACGAGUACAAGCAGGGUCAUAUUGCUGGUGCAGUAAUGUACAGCAAAUGGAAAAAACUUACUGAAAAUUUAGAGACAAUGGUGAUGUAUGCGCGCUUUGAUAUUGUUCUGUGCACGUGCAAUGAAGCUGCCAGUGGCAGAAUUGGACAAGGCCUUAUUAGACAGGGUCCACAAACCAGUAGAGAAAAAAAGACAAGGGUUCUGCAGUGUAUUGUUGAUGAAAGUGGAAUGGCAUAUGAACCAGAAACUAUUGUACCAAUGAGAUUAUGUGAACACGUCAUUUUACUUGGUGACCAUCAGCAACUCCAGCCAGUCAUUGAGUAUAAGCCUGCCAGAGAAAACGGGCUAAGUACAUCAUUGUUUGAAAGAUAUGCAAAGUCAAGGAAAACGGAACUUCUCACAAUCCAGUACCGCAUGGUAAGGGGUUUAAGGUAGAGAAAAGCUAUUUUAAAAGUGUACCUAGGGCAAGUUUGACCAAUUUUAAUAAUGUAGUAAGGUCAGAAAGAGAAGCUUCUUGUAUAGAAAUUCUGAUGGUUCAUAAGGUCAACAUGGGUGGAAGGGGUGCACAGUUUGUACCAGACAGUUUUAGCUUUCAACUUCCAGUCAUUGUAUUGUUUGCCUCAUUGCAUAUAUACCGCUUUGUGGUGCAACACAGCAAUGAGACGUUUUGUAAACCAGCCUCAGUCAUUCCCUCUCCUACCUUGCAGCUAAACCAGUUUAAUAUUUUUAUCACCAGUAUUAUUACUAUCUCCAUAACUUGUUCUGUGAGUCUGUAGAAGCCAACUCUUGUUCCAUUCCAGCAUGAAGAAAUAUGCAGGUUUCCAUCGAUUCACUUUUAUGAGGGUAAACUUAUAACUGAUGCAUCAGUGAAGCAGCGCAGUAACCAUGAGACGAAACUAAACAUCUGGCCAAAUGGUUUCAACAUGCCUAUCAUGUUUUGUGACCUUGUGGGAAAAGAGUCACUAGAUGGACUAUCCAAAUCAAACCCUGAUGAAGCAGUGAAAGCAGUACAAAUAGUGCAAGUCCUGACAGAGGUGUACAACGUAAAGCUGACUGAGAUAGCACUAAUAACCCCUUAUAAAGCUCAGAAGAAGUGUUUAACAGAACUAGCAAACAAUGCUGGGCUAAGUAGUCUGGCCAUCAUCACCAUAACUGAGAGCCAAGGUGAUGAGUAUGGCAUUGUGAUACUGUCUACUGUUCGCUCUCAACCUCUCCAUGAGAUCAGUAAUGAAGACUACGUACAACCUGACCGUUCUUGGCUGCUGGAGAACCUAGGGUUUCUAACAGACACACAUGAAAUGAAUGUAGGAAUUACACGAAGCAAGUAUGGGUUGAUUAUCAUUGGCAACAAGACAUUGUUACAAUAUGAUGAAAACUGGGGAGCACUCAUUGCCCACUAUGAAGAAAGGAAAUGUGUAAUCGAUGGUAGUCGCUUUCCAUGUAAGAGGGAUUUAGAGCAGAUAGGUUAAUGUAUAAGUAUAAUAUAGUCAAGAAUUUUACAGUUAUGAUAUUUUAUUUUUUAUACAAAACAAACUCCUGUAAUAUUGUUGUAACUUUAAUUUUCCCUUUUGUUGUAGCUUGAAGUUUCACCUACACUAAUAGUUUUUUGUGAUAUGGAUCACCCCAUGUUGGUGUUAUCUGUUUAGAUUACAUCUGUGCAAAACAGAGUCUCAGAGCAUUAUGACACACAUCCAUUACUUGUGGGAUCUACUAUCCGCCUCAGGUGGCUAGGAAGUGAUCACUGCAUGGUACAAUGAACAGGAGAAGUCAGUAUCAAAGAGUGCAACAUACCGUCUAAUAAUGGCUCGGAUACUUAGGCUGUAUGGGAGAAAAAAGACCACCCUACUGUUCAGAAAACUGGAUAAGAGACCAUGUCAUGAGACACAGUAGAGGUGGUAUGAUGGAGUACGCUUCGACCUAAAAACCAAUGGAAGUACAAUAGCAUGGUCUCACACAUGAGAUCUUCAAGGGGUUGAAAAUUCAACAGAUGUAAGGCCAGUGGUUGUGCAGGUAGCUAACGGACUCGAGUAGACAGAAACAUUGCAUCUCUGACCUUUCUACAUCAGGAGGGAACCUUUACUAGACAUGGACAGACACUUCUGCAGCACUGCUAGUG